AUGAAGAUCCAAGGAAUAUAUGGGAUCACAGUGCGCCCCCGAAGUAGAAUCACUAUAAAAUCAGGUGGAUCCUUUCAACUGACGAUGGCUUCUCUAAGAUCUUUCAAGAGCCUUGAACGCACUUCGUUAUAUGUAGAGACUAAGAAACAAAAGAUUCUUUUAUGCAGUUUAAUACCUUGCACAAGAGAUCAACAAUUGUUAAACUUUACUCGUUUAGAAGGGGAAACUGUGACCUUUGUUAUUAAAGGAAAAAACACAGUGCAGCUAUCAGGAAACUACAUAAGCCUUGAAGAUGAACCAGAACCAGAACCUAAAAGAAAGAAAGCUAAAGUGGAUACAAAAAAUAAUAUAGAAAAGAAUAAGAAAGAGAAGGUUGGCGAGAAAGAAAAUAUCAAAGUAGCUGAGAAAAGGAGAGACAGAGAUCAGCAAACAGAAAGCAAAAGACGUGGUCACGCGAUAGAUGAAAAGCAAGUGAAGACACCAGAAAGCAAAAGACAUGAUAAAGCUACACAAGAUGAUCGCACUGUAGAAAAUAAAAACCAAUUAAAGAUCAAAAGACAUAAUCAAGCUGUCCAAGAUGAGGCAAAACAAGUAAAAAAUAAAGCAAAUGAAAAAGUUUUACAAGAUGAACAUAUCGUAGACGACAUUGUGUCAAUUUUAAAAGCAAGAGGAGAACCAUCAGAAGAAGACGAAGAUGAAACAAUAACAGACGUUAAUAGUGAUACUGACGAUGAAUAUGCAGAGUAA